AUGGCCCGGAGCAAAUGGUCGCGCAAGCGACAUCAGAUGGCUUCCAAGCAUGAGCCAGAAGGAUACCAGGAGGAGAUUCUAGAUCCAGACGUCCUGCCGAGGAAGCUAGCGAUGUUGAUGACUUUGGUGUUUUUCAUGACAGCCAAAGGGAAGUUGAAAUCGACAUUUCAUCGGAAGCUGAGGAGCCGGCCGCAGCGAAGACCAUUGGACGAGCAAAGAAAGCAUAUGCGGUUGGAUGCUACAUCAGACUCAAACCAGAUGGCCAAGAAGUGGAGAGGAGAACUUUCAGAGGGACCUGAAGGGUUCUGCAUGGUUCGUUUUCCAUUUGAAAUGCCAUUCCAAUCGGAGGUGCCGAAUUUGUGGCUUGCUCAGAUUAAGGAAGGCCAAAAAGGCCCGAAACUGAAACGAGCUCGUGCGACGGCUACUGUCAAAGCGAAGGGCAAGUGCAAGGAGUCGUCCGCUUCGAUCCCAGAGCAGGCUGAAGAUACCGAAGCUGCUCCUGACGAGGAGUGUCCUGUGUCAGAAAAGCAUGCAAGCGAUUCGGGUCCUGAGGAAAAUUUCGAUCCGCCAGGGCCUGCACAUUCUGCAGCUAGUGAUGCACUCCUGUUCAAUGGCUAUGAUAUCACAGGAGUGCCAAAAGAGGCUCAGCCACCGGCCGAUGCUUCGGACAAGCACUCUUACACUGUUCGACUGCCGGACGGGGUCGCCAUUGACGUCCUUGUGAGGAACAGGGCUUUCUGGAUCAAGAAGCCAGUAGAAUGCCGAUCCCAGUACUCCUGGUCGUAUUACGACAAUUUAGCAGAUGCUUGGAGUCUGCCGGCAGCAGCUGCGACUUUCUCGGUGGAUCUGCAGGUCGAGGUGCGACGGCAGGUUUGGAUGCUAGAUCGCUGUUUGCAGGGCAUGCAGAUGUGCAGAAUCUCCUUGGUAGGAGCAGUCUCCUUGGUAGGAGCAGUCAGGCAUUCGCGCGAGGACGCACAAGCCCUCCAAGACGUCCGCCUUUGCCCGAAAUGCGGGACGAAGAGCUACCUUCGGAAAAAGACUUGCAUCAACAUUUUAUGCCAGUAUUAUUGGAUGAGGCAGUCUCCAAAUACGAACCUGUGGGCCAAGGGCCCACUUCAGUCUUCCUCGGCCAGCUCCAGGACGCAGCGGAGCUGGGACUGGUCGAGUUGGAAGAACUCUGGCAAUGCCGAUGCAGUUUAUCAACAUAAACUUCAGGUCGGCCUGGAAGAAAGUAUCAUGGAUGAGGAGACAGAGCAAGCAGAUGAGCCAAGUACGUUCAAUCCCCUUGGGGACGAGGACGUGCAAAUUCUGGCCGAGAGCUCUGGGCCCAUCAUCGAGGAGGUAUGUUCCAGCGAUGAAGAGGCGAAUAACUUCUUGUUCGGUUUGGAGAAGAAAAAGAAGGUAAGCUCGUAUGAAGAGUACGAACAGGCUCGCCAAGCAUGGGAAGCAGCUUCCAAGGAGCACAAGGCGGGGGCUGCUCUGAGGACAGCUAUAAAGGUUGAGAAGGAGCAAAGCUCUGGCAGCCCGGCAGCCCAAGCGGCCCUUGAAGAAUGCCAAAAGUUGGAGAGGAUUCAGAAAAAGGGCCCACCGGCUGCAGUGCAAAAGCGGCGCUUUCCUCCUGUGCCAGUGAAAGCCGAGCCGUUGCAGGAGGAGCCAGCUCCGAUGGACCGCGGUCAGGAUGCUUGGGAUUAUGGCGAUUCUGGCUAUGGCGGCUAUGGCCGUGGUUGGAAGCGCGGCGAUCGCAAGUAUCAGCAGUCGAGCUCCAGCUGGCAGAGGGGCCCGGAUCCUGGCCCAGAUCAGGCUGCCACGCAGAAGUACAGCGAUUACGAAGAGCGGAUGGAUCGACAAUCCCAGGCUUACUGGGGCACGAGUCGAUGGGAGCGAGAACAUCCCCCUGAGGAGCAACAGGCUUGGAAGAAGAGCAAGGGGAGGAAAAGAAAGAUGCGGCUCGCCAGCCAAAUUGAGACUCUCAAGCAAGAGGGGAGAUGGGUCGGAGGAGCUCCGUCGGAAUCCUCAAAGCGGCUUCGUUUGAUCCGCGAGGCCUGGGCUAAAUUCUGUGAUAUCAGGGCCGGGGCGAAGCAGAUUGCAGGCCAAGGAGCCCGUCAGGGGGACGGUGGUGCAGCUGAGGAGCCAGCUGCAGUGGAUGCGGGUCCUGACGAGGCUCAGGAGGAGCCCGGCUUGGUGGAUACCUGGGAGAGCUUCCAAUCCAUGGUGCAAGGCGCCGAAACCAUUGAGCACGUGAUUGGUUUGGAUGAAGCUUACAAACGCUUGAAGAAUAAUCAAGCGGAAACACAGGCAGAGCAGGCGGCUGCAGAUGAGUCGCCAGCUGGUGUGCAUCACGUAGAUAUGAAGAAGGAUCUGCUGGAAGAGCUGAUGUCCGAAGCCGAAAAGCGGUACGGCUAUGAGAGAUCGACGAAAAUUCACCCCAAGUUCGAGGUGCUCAGCAAGUACUUCUACAUGCACUCGAGAGGCCAGGUGGCCCGCCAGGCCACGAAGACGGAGGAGUCCCUGGGAAGCCAUUGUUCCGGCAUGAAGAACUUGCAGUUGAAGGACAAGAGGUCCCUCGACAUCAUGUUGGGCAAGAGUGCGGCAAGCGCCAGUUCCAAGGAUCCGGCUUUGCAGCCGAGCGAGAGCCAUACCCUGGCGAAAGAUCUUUUGAAGAAGAUCGUGGCCGAGAAGAAAAAGCUGACCCAAAACAACGAGGAGCUCAAGUCUUUGAAGACCAAGAUUUCCACGAAGUACAGCGGGGACAAGACAUGGGACAAUCGCAAGGACGACGUCGAUCACGCCAUCGCAGCUCUCGAGGACUUCUUGGGUGUUCUUUGCCAGCACGAGGCCGAGAAUGUGCCGGCGGAUGUUACUUCCGAUUGCACCGAGCUUGUGGCCACCUUUCACACUGUCGUCGACCAGGCUGCCAACCACGACAAAGGCAGCAAGGCCUUGCUCAAGAAAGUCAAUGGCCUGAUGGAGUGA